GUAACUGACGUGUCAUCCAGGAAGCGGAAGCGCAGUACUUCGACCAAAGUUUGUUUAGCCUGUUGGCUAAAAACAGCAAAACUUUAGGCGCUUACCUUCGUUUUUAUGAAACAAUAGUAAUAUUAAUCGACUUUAUUUAGUUUAAAGUUAAAGUACUAGUCGUGCUGAACAAAAGCAGGCGGUAAUGGGGGGAACAUCGACCAAGUUACCGAAAGAUCUUCUGUCAGAGUAUCAGGAGCUCACAUUUCUCACAAAGCAAGAAAUCUUACUGGCACACAAAAUAUUCUCUGAACUGCAGGACAGAGAAAAUGGACCGUACAGCACCAGAGUGUCCAUGGAGAAGAUCCUCACACUUCCUGAACUGAAGUCUAACCCCUUCCAGAAAAGGAUAUGUCACGUCUUCUCAACCUCUGACAUGAAGGAUGGCAGCUUGAGCUUUGAGGAUUUCCUGGACCUCUUGAGUGCCUUCAGCGAUUCGGCGACCCUGGAAAUCAAGUCCCACUACGCUUUCCGAAUCUUUGACUUUGAUGAUGACGGGACUCUUGAUGCUAGAGACCUGGAGAAGCUGGUGAACUCUCUGACUGGCGAGACAGACGACACCCGUCUGACGGCGGAGGAGAUGAGACAGCUCAUAAGCAAUAUCCUGGAGGAGUCAGAUAUUGAUAAGGACGGCACAGUCAAUCUCUCAGAAUUUCAGCACGUCAUCUCCAGAUCUCCAGAUUUUGUCAGUUCAUUCAAGAUUGUGUUGUGAAGUUAACACAGAAUGGAAGCUGCUUUCCGGUCCGGAUUUUUCACCUGCACCAUUGAUCUGUCAAUAAUGUAGCAUCCUAAUUGUGAAUGUAUAUUCUUAUUCAGUAUUUCUACCAUUUAUAUAUGUUUGAAAACAUUUUUACUUACUCUGUUAAAAAAAAAAAACUUUCUAUCCUGUAUUUUGGAUCAUAUAUUUGUACCUAAUUUAAUAAACUCUAAUUCAACUUUGA